CAUUCGGGGAUAAAUAGUUCCAAUGCUGAAGUGCUGACACUGUACAAUGUGACAGAGGCGGACGCUGGAGAAUAUAUUUGUAAGGUCUCCAAUUAUAUAGGGGAGGCCAACCAGUCUGCCUGGCUCUCUGUUCUGCCAAGUGUACAAGCUCCUGAGAAAGAAAAAGAAUAUCCAACAUCUCCAGACUACCUGGAAAUAGUCAUUUACUGCAUAGGGGUCUUCUUAAUUGCCUGCAUGGUGCUGACGGUCGUCCUGUGCCGCAUGAAGAACACCACCAAGAAACCAGAUUUCAGCAGCCAACCUGCUGUCCACAAGCUGACCAAGCGAAUCCCUCUGCGCAGACAGGUGUCAGCUGACUCGAGCUCCUCCAUGAACUCCAACACACCUCUGGUGAGGAUAACGACUCGUCUCUCCUCUACUGCCGAUGCUCCCAUGCUUGCAGGAGUCUCGGAAUAUGAAUUGCCAGAAGACCCAAAGUGGGAGUUUCCAAGAGAUAAGCUGACACUGGGUAAACCCCUGGGAGAAGGUUGCUUUGGGCAAGUUGUCAUGGCUGAAGCAGUGGGGAUUGACAAAGACAGGCCAAAAGAAGCAGUGACCGUGGCAGUGAAGAUGUUGAAAGAUGAUGCUACAGAAAAAGAUCUGUCUGACCUGGUGUCAGAGAUGGAGAUGAUGAAGAUGAUUGGGAAGCAUAAAAAUAUCAUCAAUCUCCUUGGAGCCUGUACUCAGGAUGGUCCGUUGUACGUGAUAGUGGAAUAUGCUUCCAAAGGGAACCUGCGCGAGUACCUGCGAGCGCGUCGCCCCCCGGGCAUGGAGUACUCCUUCGAUAUCAACAGGGUGCCAGAGGAGCAGAUGACCUUCAAGGACCUCGUGUCAUGCACAUACCAGUUGGCAAGAGGCAUGGAGUACCUGGCUUCACAAAAAUGUAUCCAUCGAGACUUGGCAGCAAGAAAUGUUUUGGUAACUGAAAAUAAUGUCAUGAAAAUAGCAGACUUUGGUUUAGCCAGAGACAUCAACAAUAUAGAUUAUUAUAAAAAGACUACUAAUGGACGACUUCCAGUAAAGUGGAUGGCUCCAGAAGCUCUGUUUGACAGAGUUUACACUCACCAAAGUGAUGUUUGGUCAUUUGGUGUGUUAAUGUGGGAGAUCUUCACGUUAGGAGGAUCUCCCUACCCAGGAAUCCCAGUGGAGGAACUUUUUAAGCUGCUUAAAGAAGGGCACCGAAUGGAUAAACCUGCCAACUGCACCAAUGAACUCUAUAUGAUGAUGAGAGAUUGCUGGCAUGCUGUGCCUUCUCAGAGACCGACUUUUAAACAGUUGGUAGAAGACUUGGAUCGGAUUCUCAGUCUCACAACUAAUGAGGAGUAUCUGGACCUCAGUGGACCUCUGGAACAGUAUUCACCUAGUUACCCUGACACGAGGAGUUCGUGUUCUUCAGGGGAUGACUCUGUUUUUUCUCCCGAUCCAAUGCCUUAUGAACCUUGUCUUCCCAAGUACCAACACAUGAAUGGGAGUGUUAAAACAUGAGAAGAAAUCAUACAGAGGAAUAAAGAAACAAAAACAUCAAGCUACCUACCGUAUACAAAGCAAACUCUUUUCUCCAGGACCUUAAUGUUUCUGCUUGUACAUAUGAAAUAUGGAUAAAAAAGGAAAAAA